AUGAUCAACGCAUUCCUCGUCUUCAACGGCCAAGGCCAGCCGCGCCUAACCAAGUUCUACACCCAGCUCGACACCUCGAUCCAACAACGCCUCAUCUCCGAAAUCUUCACGCUCGUCUCCAACCGCCCACCGGGGUCGUGCAACUUCCUCCCCCUCCCACCCCUGCUCGCCGCAUCAUCAACCACGAACAACGCGGCAGGGGGCGGCGGCCAGGAGCAGAGCGACGUGCCGUCACUAGUAACCUACCGCAACUACGCGACGCUGUACUUCAUCGUCAUCUCGACGUCGACCGAGUCGCCGCUGGCCCUGAUCGACCUGAUCCAGGUGUAUGUGGAGGCGCUGGACCGCUUGUUCGAGAAUGUUUGCGAGCUGGACCUGAUCUUCAACUACGAGACCCUGCAUGCCACGCUGGGCGAGAUGAUUGUGGGUGGGGUUGUGAUCGAGACGAAUAUGGAGCGUAUUGUGGCCGGUGUGAGGGCGCAGGGGACUGUGGCGAAGAGGCCGGUGAAUGAGAGCCGGACUGGUGGGGGGUUGGGU